GAUUGCUGCGAUUUGGAAAAAGGUCGCUUUAACAUCGUAGCAUAUUGUUGAAAUUUUGCAAGCAAUUAAUACUGCCUGGCGUUAUUAUGUACAAUUCUCAAGAGAAAAACAUUGAUUUAGUGCGGGAAUAUUUGCCUAGCUAUAAUACAGUUAGAUUCCAAGAUCAACCAGAACCAAAUUUGGCAGUUGAACAGAAUUUCGUAAAUGUAAUAUCAAAGCAGACGGCUGAUCUAGCUACAAAACCUGGCAUCAAAGUUCAUAAUUUGCGAUAUGGGGGCUCAGAUGAUCGUCAAUUGGUCGAUGUUUACUAUAAAGAUGAAGCAACCUCUGAACCUUCGUCUCUUAUCGUGUAUGUGCAUGGCGGCUAUUGGCAAAUAUUAGACAAGUCCCAUUCAGGCUCCAUGGUAGGACCUCUGGUAGAUCGUGGUUAUCGAGUCGCAGUUAUGGACUACAACAACUGUCCUCAAGUGACUUUGCCCCAAUUGCUGGAGCAGUUUACCAGUUUUCUGCUCUGGAUCUUUGACUAUGCUGAGCGUACGCAAACAACGGCGAUUAGCUUCGCAGGCCACUCGGCUGGUGCCCAUCUUCUGGCCCAAUUGUUACAUAUGCCUGAUCUGAUCACUGAGGAGCGACGUCGAAAAGUGCAAGUGGUCUUCUUUAUAUGCGGCGUUUAUGAUCUGCGGGAGCUUUGGGAGUUGGAUGCGGUGAAUCCCAACAAUAUUUUCGGCCUAGAUGCCGAGAGUGUUAUAGAGGUUUCCCCUAUGCUCUGGCCAUGGUAUGCUGACGGUUCAUCGUGGAGUAGUUUACGAUCUCAUGUGAUAUCGGCUGAAAAUGAAAGUGUAACAUUCACUGAACAGAGUCGCGUUUUCGCCAACUACUUGAAAGAAGCCGGUUUUGAAGUUACUUUCAAGGUCUUCGAUAAAUACGAUCACUUUGAUAUCAUUGAAGAAACAGCUAAUGACGAUUCGCCUAUUACCAAGUAUAUCUUAGAAGCCUUGCAAGACACUUCACCAGAAAAAGAGAGUAGCCCCAAGGAAUCGUGCCCAUGCUGACCGAAUUAACCUAAACAUUUAUUAUUUAGGAUCCCUGCAACUUACUAUAAAAUUAUAAAUUCUAUCUGGUAUGAAAAGUAAAUAAUUCACACAACAAACCUAUUUUGUUACCGAAAUGUUAAUACAUCGUACCUCCAUAUACAUACAUUUUACUAAUUUCUUUUUAAUUCAAUUCAAAUAAUUUGAAGUAUCUGCGCUAAAAUUUCCUUAUUAUGUAUCCUGCACCUUUGUAAAAAA